CAUCAAUUUGUUUUUGUUGAAAUCCUACGUGACAAAAUAAUAUUUUUUUAUUGGACGUGAAAUUUAUCUAGAAAAAUCAAACAAAAUGGGUGUACCAGCAUUCUUUCGCUGGCUUAGCCGCAAAUAUCCGAGCGUUAUAGUCGAGUGUAUUGAACAGAGGCCAACCGACGUAGACGGUCAGCUUGUGUACAUCGAUUCUUCUCUACCAAAUCCUAAUGGGAUAGAAUUUGACAACCUAUACUUGGAUAUGAAUGGCAUCAUUCAUCCUUGCACGCAUCCUGAAGAUAAACCGCCUCCCAAGGAUGAGGAUGAGAUGAUGGUAGCUAUCUUUGAGUGCAUUGACAGACUGUUCCGCAUUGUAAGGCCUAGAAAACUGUUGUACAUGGCUAUUGAUGGAGUUGCCCCUAGGGCAAAAAUGAACCAACAAAGGUCCCGAAGAUUCAGGGCAUCCAAGGAGACACAGGAAAAGAUUGAGGAAGUGGCUCGCAUUAGAUCUGAACUGCAAGCUAAAGGUGCCUACUUGCCUCCAGAGAGGCCUAAGGAGGCUCACUUUGACUCAAACUGUAUCACACCUGGUACACCUUUUAUGGAUCGCUUGAGCAAAUGCCUACAUUAUUAUAUUCAUGACAGGUUAAACAGUGAUCCAGGCUGGAAAGGAGUUAAGGUGAUUCUUUCAGAUGCAAAUGUACCGGGUGAAGGAGAACACAAGAUUAUGGAUUAUAUUAGGAGGCAGAGAGCUCAACCAGACCACGAUCCAAACACCCAGCAUGUGCUAUGCGGUGCGGACGCUGAUCUCAUAAUGCUGGGGCUGGCAACACACGAGCCCAACUUCACAAUCAUAAGGGAGGAGUUCAAGCCCAACAAGCCAAGGCCAUGUGACGUUUGUGGCCAACUAGGUCACGAGAUGAAAGAGUGUACGGGCACAACACCCGACGCGUCCCUCGUGCGGUCGGACCCAGCUUUCGGAAACCAGGACAGUUUCAUCUUUGUGCGGUUGACUGUUUUGAGGGAGUAUCUUGAAAAGGAGCUACAAAUGCCCAACCUGCCCUUCGAUUACGAUUUCGAGCGCGCCCUGGACGACUGGGUGUUCAUGUGCUUCUUCGUGGGCAACGACUUCUUGCCGCAUCUGCCCAGCCUGGAGAUCAGGGAGGGGGCCGUGGACCGCCUCGUCAACUUGUACAAGAAGUGCGUCUACAAGACUAAAGGUUGGAUCACAGACUCCGGUGACGUGAAUCUCGACAGAGUUCAAGUUAUAAUGGAUGAGCUGGGCAGGGUGGAAGACGAGAUCUUCAGGAGACGCCACCAGAAUGAGGUCAGCUUCAAAGCGAGAGAGAAAGCAAAGAAGCAACAGAAGGUCAACUUCGGACUGUUGGACAAGACACAGUUUGCACCUCAGCGACUGGGCGCAGCUGCAAGACCAGUAGACAACCCUCGACAGGAAGCAGCCAACAUUCGCCUGGCCGGAAUGCAGGCCGUGACCGCGAACGAGCAAGCGGACAACCGCAGUCGGAAGCGCUCGGCUGCCGAGGCGGGUCUAGAUGACGACGACGAUGAGAAGCACGACGAGGUGCGUCUCUGGGAGGAGGGCUUCAAGGAGCGCUACUAUGAGAGCAAGUUCGAAGUCGCCCGGGACAAUCUGGAAUUCAGGUACCGCGUGGCGCUGCAGUACGUGCGCGGGCUGUGCUGGGUGCUGCGCUACUACUACCAGGGCUGCGCCAGCUGGAAGUGGUACUUCCCCUACCACUACGCGCCCUUCGCCUCCGACUUCGUCAACGUGCAGGGCCUGUCCACUCAGUUCGAAAAGGGCACAAUACCUUUUCGUCCACUGGAGCAACUGAUGGGCGUGUUCCCGGCCGCCAGCUCGCAGCACGUGCCGCAGCCGUGGGCCAAGCUCAUGAGCGACCCGUUUUCCCCCAUAAUCGACUUCUACCCGACGGACUUCAAGAUCGAUCUGAACGGCAAGAAGUUCGCGUGGCAAGGCGUCGCCCUGCUGCCCUUCGUGGACGAGUCACGCCUGUUCAAAGCCCUCGAACCUUACUAUAAGGACUUGACGCAGGCAGAGAUAUACCGCAACAUCAAGGGGCACGACCGCCUGUACGUGGCGCCGGCCAACAAGGGCUACGAGUUCCUGCUGGCGCUGUACCAGGAGGCGGGGCCGGCGCUGCGCAAACUCAUCGACGACGAGCAGCGAUACCCCUUCCGCUGCGAGGGCGUGCGCGGUGACGUCAUGCUCUGCAAGGACGACGUGUGCAUCGGCGGGCAACUAGCGUCACCGGUUGUCGGCUUGGCGCCAGUGCUGGGCAACCAGGUGCUGUGCGUGCGCUACCAGGACCCUCAGUACCCGGACGACUUCGUGUUCCCGUCGCGAAGACUGCACGGCGCCACCGAGCCCCCUCGGGUGUUGAAGCCCGGCAACCUCUCGCAACAGGAGAACAGGAAUUGGAGACCGCAGAUCGGUAUGGUCCGGUCCAACACGGUUGCGUCGCUGGAGGCAGCCGGCCACCGCAUGUUGGGGCACCAGCUGUCCCGCUCGGGGGCCUACUCCAACGUUCCGCCGCCGCAGCAGUUGCAGCACAAUCGAUCCCAAUCCUUCGGCCCGCACCGCAGCGGGUACGUUGCCCACCAGGGCCAGGGUUACGGCAACCAAGGUCACAAUCGCAACCACCAACCAUCCGACAGAUACGGCUCGAACCAAGAAAGGUACGGCUCUAACCAAGAACGAUACGGCUCCAACCAAGAUAGAUACGGCUCAAACCAAGAUAGAUACGGUUCAAACCAAGGCAGGUACGGUUCGAAUCAAGACAGGUCUCAAAACCAGGGUUACCAAAGUCAGAACAGGUCAUACCAGGGUCAAGGGUCGAACCAAGGAUACCAUCAGAACAAGUACCAGCGAAAUGAUCAAGGCAGGGAUAGCCAAGGUAACCAAGGGUACAAUCAAAGACCCAACUCCGGCUCUAACAAUAGACAUCAAGGUAAUUCGUCAUGGCGUUGAAGACAAUCUGAAUAGAUUUUAAACGAUUGAUUUGAUGUUGAUGGUAUUUAGGAAAUAAAAAAUAGGGAUUUAUGUUGACCUUAUUCAGAUCAUUCGAGAGAAAAUGGAUCAAAAAAACGUAAUAAAAGAAUGCAAACCUAAUUUAAAAUAUUCAAAAUGUAAUAUUUAUUUAAUUUACUAAUAAAUAUAUUAAUUUACAAAAUAUAUAUCAUUAUUGGAUAGAAGCAGGCGUUACUUUGCGGAAUUCCAUGAUAUAUUAUGAAAAUUAAGCUUGAUUUAAAACAGAUCUUUGGUGUGGGGUGUAAGGAUUGAAGAAAAUAUAAAUUACACCAUACAAAUUCUCCCGCUCUUCGCGGAGUACGGCAAAUCAAGCUUAAUUUUCAUAAUAUAUGUAUUAUGAACAUUCAUGAUAACUUAAUAGUGAUAGAAAUUACGACACUGGUCAAUUAAGAUUUUAAUGAAAAGGCUAACUGCAAAAUCACGUUUCCUCCGUUUUAAUUUUUAGCCUAUUAAAAAUUACCUCGAUAAAAAAGUGUGGCUUCCGUAGACAACUGCGCAGCGAAUCACAAAAAUGUUUAAGAUAUUUUGAACUUUGUACUUUUACUCUGACACCGUGCACUUAUGUGCGCCAUUUUAUGCUAUAAGAUUACCUUAUGUGCUCGCUUUAACUUUACUGGUGUUAGCCUUAUCUCAUAAACUAAUCAAAAUCAAUAAACCCUAUCACUAAGUAUAGAAAUUUAUAUUUGUGUAAAAUUAAUUGCCGUAAAAUAUGGAAGUUAGGGGAAGUUUAUUGGGUUUACUUAGUAGAUUUAUCUCACAUAGAUAGAUCAGGUAAGGUUCUUGUUUUGAAUGCAAAUGUGCAAUAUUAAGUGUGCUCCACCUUUUAUUUAUAUGUACUUACGUUUAGGUACCUACACUUUAUAUACUUGUAUAUGCUUGACGGCUAUACGGUCUUCUAUGCGAUACAAGAACUAUAAUAAACUAUAUAAUAUUGACUUAAUGUUAGAAAUUAAAAAGUACAAUUUAUUUCUUUAAUGGAUUUAUAUCAAUAGUGAUAAAGACAUUACGACACUGGUCAAAAAUAUGAAUAAGAAGCUCACUGUCACGAAAAAAGCUGUUCUAUAAAUCGUGAGAUAAAAGUACUAUGUAUGUUAUAAUGGGCUGUUUAAAUUACGAACUUUAAAAGUCCUUAUAAGAUUUUUUGUUUAUUCUUGAAUGUAUGUAGUGAGGUAUUAUUACAAACUCGCAUUGAUUAGUGCCUCCGCAGACUGGUCACUGGCCAGAACCGAAAAACGCCGCCACUAUAUAUUUUCUAUCGACGAGUUGUAGCCUGUAGCGGCCACCAUGGUCAACCGUGCAUGUGCGGCGAACCCAUAUAUAAUGUAUAAAAACUACAGAAAAUAUGUCGGUGGCGUAGUUUUGUUGUUGUGACCAGUUACAUUUAGGGGCUGAGAUAUUAUUUACCAAAAUAUCGUAUCUCCAGGUUGGCUAACUUUGAUGUUCAAAGUAUGUUGACAUUAUCUCGAAAAUGACUCAUUCACACAUUUUCACUGUCAAUCCUUUUCAUUGCAUUUUUGUCUGGAAUUCAUUGACGGAAUAAACUUUUAUAUCAUGUAAAGUUAAUUCUGUAAAGCAUAUACCGCAUUAUUAGUUAUUAAAAAAUCAAUAUGGAAAUAAAAUUGAAAAGAAUUAAAAUUUAACUUUUAAUGUGAAAUAUAGUUGAGUGAAAGAGAUGAAUGUAUGUGUUCUUACGACAAGUUAUGAGGGGCUGUUCCUUUGUCAGUAAAAUUACAUUUCGUCUCAAUGGUAGACCACAAAUAAUCCAUUAUUGAAUUCCGAGACUAAAAUUUAGUUUCUAAAAUGAAUUUAAACUGAAUGAAUUUUAAUUGAAUGUUUAAACUCCCGCUAUUUUAACUGACCACUGUUGAAACGUAUAUUAUUAAUGUCAGGGCGCGAUGCACUAAGUCGUGACGAGUUUGUUUUAUUAUAUACAAGUGGGCUAACUGGAAUGCAAUCACCUGAUCGUCGUGACAAAGCAGUCUAAGAUGGUAGCUUAGACUGCAUCAUCAUCGUGAGGAAACCAGCAUGCCUGAGAGUUCUCCUCAAAGUUCUCAACUUCACUUGGACAGCGUGGAAUACAGCCUUACCCUUCUCAUUGUGGGAGGACACCCGUGCCCGAAGUGGGAUCGAUAUGAUGAUAAUGAUGAAGGAGUCAUUUUCGAGUAUUUAAUUAUCGUCAAAGUAAAAUUGAACUAAAGUCACUCGUUUAAAAGCCGCAAAUCGUGUGUACUUCUAAUUUCUGUUAUACAAACGUUGUAUCAAAAUUCCGAGUUAAAUAGUUGUAGGCAAAUUUGAGCUUUAAAACAAUAGGAAUGUUCAAGUAUUCCAUACUCUAAAAAGACUCACCGAUUGCGAGCGAGCAAAUCUUGUACUGAGGCGAAAGUUCUAUUAGUUAUCAAAAGUGGUCUUGUAACGUAGCUCCUUCUGCUGUAAAGUCAACUUGUAAUAUAAGACUAACAUUAUGGGACUAAACUUAUGCUAUCCUUUUUAUUUCAUUUUGUCCAUAUAAAAAGGAAGGCUUGAUUUUACUCUCCAUGUUUCUGUACUACUUUGGUAUCUAUUUAAAUUAUUUUAACAGCUCUUUAUUAAAAAAAACAGAACUAAAGAUAUUCCUUUGCUAGGUUUAGUUUUGUUCUCAUAAAUAAAGUAGACUGUCUGCGUUUCUGAAUUUUGGCGACCUCCCUGGCGCAACGGUGAGCGCUGUAAAUUUAAGCAGGAGGUCCCGGGAUCGAUUACUGAUAAAGGAAAUUUGGUGUGCGCGCGCACCGUAAAAAGUGAGCUGGCGGACGAUGUAUUCCCCUCUCACUAGGUUUCGUCACUACCUUAAUCCUGCUAAAAUAGCGUUAUCAUGUGCGCGCAAAUUUCACACCCAUGAUUUUUUCCGUAACGCCGCUAAAGAAGUAUAACUUCAAAUAAAAUCCCUUUUUAUCCCCAUAGAUCUUAUUUUAGAGCUGUUAAUUUAGUUCGGCUUAGAAUAUGUCUAUACCCGACAUAUCAAAAAUUGUUCGAUUAAGUUAAAUUGACUGAUUGUUUUACACUGUGUAUAAUUAUUAUUUUGAGACUUUAUAUUAUAUUCCUUAAUUCAGAUAAAUAAAAUCUCGAUGAAACCCUA